AUGGCAGCCCUCAACGAACUGCAUGGAGCUCCCCUUCCAAAUCCCGACACGCCUCUCUACGCGGCGUUCUAUCAGAAUGUCGUGAAAUACCCGGACGUCGUGGCUCUUGUCAGUACCCAGCAAGCCUCUACCCACUACGAAACCCAGAGCCCAUCCAUCAGCAGCUCCGAGGGUAAAAACGACUGUCUACGAUGGACCUACCAGGAGCUCGAUCAAGCUAUACAGCGACUUGUCGUUGGUUUAAAGGGACGAGGCCUAAAGGCGGGAGAUCCAUUGGUGAUGUUCAUGCCAAAUAUCGCCGAAUAUGUGAUUGCCACCUGGGCGGCCUACCAAAUCGGAUGCACCUACGUUCCAAUCAACCCCAAGGGUCUCUUGAAUGUCAGAGAUAUCCGGCACAUGAUGCAGACCGUGAUGAAAGGAUGUCAGUCAGACUUUUUGGGCGUCAUUGCGGGAUCAUCUGAUAUGUGCGCGCGCAUUGAAGAGUUGACGGCCGGAUUGAAUUGUGCGCGGAUAUUGGUCGAAGGAGAGGUGGAUGGCUGGACACCUUUUGAAGAGUUGAUGCAGAUUGCGGCUCCACAGUCCGAAGCAAACCUCUGCAGAGAUCACUACUCGGAGCUCCCUGAUCAAACACUCUUCUUCACAAGUGGCACGACAUCCCUCCCCAAAGGUUGCAUGAUGCCAUCUUCGUAUGGUUAUGCGGCCGCAUUGCGCUGGCGCGAGAGCAAUGUUCCCAUGCUUCCCGGAGACCGGGUAUUAUUUACAUUGCCAAACAACCACGGGUUUGGUUGGCUUUGUAUCAUAGCUCCUUUCCUCAACGCAGCUACCGUUGUCCUCCCAGGACCAAGCUUUAUUCCAGAAGCUACGAUCAAGGCCAUCCAUGAGGAGCAAGUGAGCCAUGCUGGACUGGUGCCAACCAUGAUUCAUGCUCUCGGUAGCAUGCCGCUUCCAUCUGAGAAACUGAGCUCUCUUGUCCGGAUUGUACUAGGAGGCUCUCCCCCAACCGAAGAAGUCAUCCGGGUUUGCCUUGAGUCUCUAGGUUCGUCGGGGGUGGAGAAUCUCUACGGUAUGACAGAGGGUAUUCUUGUUUCUUCUGGCGUUGUGAGCCAGUCCAGCGAGAUGAUCAAGGGCAGAGAUGUUUCUAUCGGUACCCCUCUUCCUGGAAUGACUGUCCGUGUGUAUGCCAAAGACAGCAAAGUGGCACCUGGGACCGGAGAGGCCGGCGAGAUGCACUUCUCAGGUCCAAGCCUGAUCAAUGGAUAUGUCGGGGGUGCUGAUGAAAACUUUUACAACGAUGCGGAUGGCCGUGCCUGGUUCCGCACUGGCGAUAAAGCCUUCAUUGGUAGCGACAAUCGUCUGUACUUGAUUGGUAGGUACAAGGAUACGAUUAUUCGCGGAGGUGAGAACAUUGAACCAUCGGCUAUUGAAGCGGUUCUGGGUCAAAUCCCCGAGAUCAAUGUUCUUCAACCUCAGGUUAUUCGCGCACCCGACCAUGUCGCUGGCGAAGUUCCCGUUCUGGUGGUGAACCGGGAAGUUGACAGCAAUACAGCUAAUGUGCUAAAAGAAACCGUCUUAGCGCAAAUGGGAAAUCUUUAUGUUCCGGCAGAAGUGAUCCCCAUACAAGCGCUGGGACAAGAGACAUACCCUAAGACCAUGGCAGGGAAGGUCCAAAAGACUGAACUGGAAAGUUUGGUGAGAACACGCUGGGAGCGCCAGCAAGCCCAAGAGCAAACAGACACAAAUGGCGACCAUAGUAUAAAUGGUUCUUCGUUGGGCUCUCAUGUCAUGAGGUCGUUAUGCACGGCCAUCGAAAAGAAGAAAGGUCAGCAAAUUGACUUGUCUAUGCGGAUGAUCGAACUCGGAAUCGAUUCGAUCAUGUCUAUCGCAAUUCUCAGCUACGUCAAAAAAGAAACACGAGUAUCAUUGCCGUCGUCUCUCUUCUUCACCCAAGCAACGAUCGGUGCAGUCUGUCAACAGAUCAGUGCCGUCUCAGAGCCAGAAGGCUUCCUUCGGUUUACACCUGUCAUCGAAGAAAAGCCGAGCAACCUAUGCUUUUCAGUCCUACUCCAGGGGACGCCGAGGCCCGGCGUUCCCUCCCUCUUCCUCGCCCCUCCUGGCUCUGGGAAUGCGUUCGUGUACAGGAUGCUUCCCAAAUUUACCAAUGAUCGUGCCGUCUACAGUUUUGGCUCUCCAUUCCUCAUGACCAAAUCAGAGUCCUCUUGGACGAUCGAAGAAACAGCCACCAUCUACGCAAACACAAUUCGCAAUAUCGAUCCUCACGGCCCAUACAUACUAUGCGGUUGGUCAAUGGGAACUGCCACUGCAUACGAAACCGCAUAUCAACUCCAUGAACAAGGAAAGCAAGUCCUGGGGAUAAUCAUGCUGGACCUGGCAUUACCUCGACCGCCGCCCAAAAUUGCGGAGGCAACCGUCGAGCUGUUUGAAAUGAUGGGCGUAUUCCCCCCAAUUCGUCGCCAGGGGCAACCCGAUGUGGAGAUCCCUGCUUUCAGAAAGAAGCAUCGAGUCGCGGCUUACUACGCGAAGAUGAAAUAUGUGCCUCGUCCCUUUGACAUUUCGGGCAAUGCAACCCGACCGCGGAUCUUUGUCAUCUGGGCCGGCCAUGGCGAUCAUGAUAGGAUGGGAGCGAUGGUUCUCGACGCGAUGGAGGUUUUGAAGAGAGAAGGACCGGACACUAAGAUGAAAACAAGUGGUGACUGGCUUCAGCUCCCGCGUGAAUCUUUUGAUGCUGGUGGCUGGGACGAAAUGGUUGGACCGGACCACGUUGAAUGGGGUAUUGUGGAAGAUGCGGAUCACGACACGCUUAUAGAGUCUGAAGAACUGGUGAGUGUCGCUUCACUUAACUUUUUGCCUGAAUUUGGCCGCCUUACUAAACAUGCAUAG